UCAUGCUGCUGCCAGGUCCAGAGUGUCUCAUGGGUCCCUGUACGGCCUCCCAUUGCUGCGUCUCCAUCGCCACACUCUGCCAUGUGCCACUUUCAGGUCUCCUCACACUGCUGGUGGGUUCCAUUUUGUCAUAGGGUGCUGGCAGAUUACGGGCCUCCCAUUGCUGCUGCCAGGCCCGUAAUCUGCCAUGGGCCCCCGUACCGCCUCCUCAUGCUGCUGCCAGGUCCAGAGUGUCUCAUGGGUCCCUGUACGGCCUCCCAUUGCUGCUGUCUCCAUCGCCACACUCUGCCAUGUGCCACUUUCAGGUCUCCUCACACUGCUGGUGGGUUCCAUUUUGUC